CUACUCGCUCUGAAAGGAGGGAUGCGAGGAGGAGAGGAGGUCAGGCGGAAAAAGAGGAACCCGGUGGAUGUCCGUGGAUAGCAAAACCUCUCAGGCUCCCUGACAGACUGAUAUGUCAUUGGACCAAUGGGGUGUUGAUAAUGCAGGCGCAGAGGUCGGCCAGGUGAGAUGUAAGACCCGCCCACUGUGUGUCCUCCUUCACCUGCAGAGGAACAGGAAUCUGUAGAAAAAAAAGACCCCAUCAAUUCUGUUGAAACAAAUCAACUGAAGUGAUUUUAAGAAAAUGGCGGAAAAUCAAACAAAUGGGUACUGGUAGUGAAUGGCACUACAAACCACCUCAGCCUUCCGCUUGAGAGAGGAAUCAUCUCCUGCUGAUUUCUUGACAUCUGGCGGAUUCUUUUCUUAGAUCUCAUGUAUUUGGUACAUUGCAAUCAACCCCAGACAUCCUGCUGGCCCACCAACACAUUAGACCAAGUAGACAUUCUGGUCUCCUGCUGACUCACCAACCCAUUAGACCAAAGUUCAGAGGGCAACAUCAGAGUUAACUUAGGGUUACAACAUCCGGGCUUACGAGUCCCUGUAAGGGCUAUCUCUUCAAGAGAGUGGGAUUCCAAAUUACCUCUGAAACACAGAAUCCACAACUCUGAUCCCCCCUUCUCUGCGCUCGCUGAGAGGUGGUACCUGUCUGUCUCUUCAUUUUCCUGUCUCUGUCUGAGAGGAGGUACCUGUCUGUCUCUUCAUUUUCAUGUAUCUGUCUGAGAGGAGGUACCUGUCUGUCUCUUCAUUUUCCUGUCUCUGUCUGAGAGGACCCAAGAGCCAGAGUCCCGCCAUUUGGGUUUCUCCCUCCUCUUUCUCUGUCUGAGGAGAACCUGGUCUGUCCCUCCCUCCCUGCUAAGUAGGGGGAAUUAUAGGAGGCACCAUGGGGUGUGGUGGCAGCAGGACUGAUGUUCUGGAGCCCAGGUACCUGGAGAGCUGGACCAAGGAAACAGAAUCGACCUGGCUGACCAGUACAGACACAGACAUCCCACUCUCCUCCAUACAGAGUAUGGAUAUCCCUUCUGAGAACUCAUCUGAAAGCUUCGUCUCUGAGAAAACCAUCACACCUGAUGCAGAUUUCUUUGAAGACGGCUUGCCUGCCCCAGCCCAGGCCUAUCUACAGGUGUGCUCUGACAUGUCUGAAGCAGGACUGAACAAUGUAAAGCUGACUGCCCACCCUGCAAUACUGCCCUCCCACAACCAGGCGCUUCAGCCCUCACCUGUCACAGUACAGAGAAGAAGCGUCCUACGCACUGAGGAAAUAACUAAAUGGCAAGACAACAGGAUGUCCACGAAGCAGGUAACCAUCACAGUGACACAGAGCAUCAGACACGUGGACAAGAGUGGGAAAAUUAAGGAGAAGUCCCUCACCACCUUCGAGGUCAUGAAGCCUAUGGAGGGCCUGAAGGACGUGGCUGAAGGACGAAGUAGGAACAUUAGGGAAUAACACUGUGAUACACCGAGGUCUGAGGGGGUAACAGAGGACAAAGCUAAUGACAGAACGUGGUUUGGAAAAUCAAUGGCAGAACGUGGUUUGGAAAAUCAAUGGCAGAACGUGGUUUGGAAAGACAAUGAUAAGAGUGUGGUUUGGAAAGACAAUGACAGAACGUGGUUUGGAAAGACAAUGACAGAAUGUGGUUUGGAAAAUCAAUGGCAGAACGUGGUUUGGAAAGACAAUGACAGAACGUGGUUUGGAAAGACAAUGACAGAACGUGGUUUGGAAAGACAAUGACAGAACGUGGUUUGGAAAGACAAUGACAGAACGUGGUUUGGAAAGACAAUGGCAGAACGUGGUUUGGAAAGACAAUGGCAGAACGUGGUUUGGAAAGACAAUGACAGAACGUGGUUUGGAAAGACAAUGGCAGAACGUGGUUUGGAAAGACAAUGACAGAACGUGGUUUGGAAACACAAUGAAUGCUGUGAGAAAGACUGUAUUGCUGAAUGGACUCUCCUUUGAGGGGGAGAGAAACAAUGAUACCAAAAUGCUGUUUGAGGUUCAUGAGGAUGAAAAAAAAGAUAAUGAUUUGAUUAUAGGGAUAGAGGGUUUGAAUCCGUGGCACAAUUGGUCCGCUAUCUCUACCUGGGACCAGACCUGAUAAACGAGAUACCUCUACGGGCCUGACACCAAACGCUGUCAGGAUGAGAGCGUUUGUGACUUUGUCUAACAAAGAUUAAUGCUUUUUAUAAGCUGGGCUUGGAACCAAGGUGGAAAAAAAAGAAAAAGAAAAGAGAAAAAAAAAGCAUAAAUACAACUUUGACCUGGUAGGAACUGAACUGAACUGAACUGAACUGAACUGUAGUGGCUGAAUGAUCGGCCAUAUUGAAGACGUAUCGUAAUCUAAUGUUCCUCAAUAGGAAACAUGUCUUGAUGUAGCUAGUUUUGUAAUGUACUGUAUAUGUUUAGUGUUGCUACGGGCAACUCGUUGGGCAGCGUUUGUUUGGUCUUUGAUGGAUGAAAAAAACUGUUUUUAAGACUACGAUGUUUACAAGAAGGUAUGUCUUCUAAUGAAUAGGCACUUUUUGUGAACAAAACUUUAUGAACUAGCUAGGGACUUUACAUACUAAUGACUUUAUGUACUAGUGACUUUAUAAACUAGUGACUGAAUGGCUUGAAUAAGAGGUCAUGCCACUAUAUAUCUAGUAUGAGCUCUACAUGAAGAGAGCUGGAUUCAAUCAGAAAGACAAAUUAGUUUCAAACGGAUUGACUUGUGAAGUGUGAUUAUUUAAAUCCUUCCUCUAGUGCAGGAAUGGGCCACCCCCACUUUUGAAGGCCCUCAGAUAAAUUCCCUCCCCCAAAUUUAAAUAAUGAGUUCAGAUUUUUUUGUGGCCCCACCCCCAAUCAAAGUUUCCCUUACCUGAUCUAUUGAAUGCUUACAGUAGAAUCAGCAGAUUCUCAAUGAAAUUCUCUGGAAGUUUUAGACAGAAACACUGUGUAGCAGACGGCUGUGAACUACAUAUUUUUUUCCCCUCUUCAUAUAAUUUAUACAUACAUAUUUAUCUCAAAUUCAAUUGAAACACAACGAAGUUGUUAUCAAUGGCUUCGGAUUUACUUGGUUUAAACAAUACACAAUGAAUCUGAUUGGUUAGAUAUAAGUUUAAACAAAACACAAUGAAUCUGAUUGGUUAGAGAUACAUUUAAACAAAAUAAUGAAUCUGAAUGGCAAAUAAGAAAAAAAUGGUUAAAAGAUCAGACUUAUAUUGAUUGAUUGGAAUUGAUUGAUUGGAAUUGAUUGGUUGGAAUGUUGGUGAGUGUACAACAAAGGGUUGACUAAGCAGUAUUUCAAUGGUGUUUUACUAAUUUACAUAUUGCCUCAAUGUGAUUAUCUUGGUACCUAUUUGUACUUUUUAACAUAACAGCUUGUAAGUACACUUUGUCAGGUCAUUUUGGCUUAACUCUUUGGUUCAAGUUUAUGAAUAUGGACAGUAUACAUUUGUACUGAGUAUAAAUUAAUUAAACUGACAAUAAAUUAACAUAUAGGGACUUCUUUGUGGUUUCAUUUCCUUUUUUAAGUCACUUCCUAGAAUUCUUGAAAUGUUUGUACCAUCUGUAGAUAAUUUUGGUUGGAAAACUGUCCACUGGUUGAUUGUCCACUGGAUGACUGUCCACUGGUUGACUGUCCACUGGUUGACUGUCCACUG